AUGGCGUUCUACGUCGGGCCGUGGCCGCCAAACCUGCCGGGGGACUCCAGAGGCGGCUUCCUCGGUCUCUUCAACAACCCCAACAACACGGCCAACGCCGUCUUCCCGCCGACCGUCGCCGUGGAGUUCGACCCGUUCAGGAACGACUGGGACCCCAACAACACCGUGAACCAUCUUGGCGUGGACGUCAAGAGCAUCACGUCGCGCGCGUACGUGGCGCUGCCGGACGGGAGCUUCAACGGGACCAUGUCGGCGUGGGUCAGAUACGAAACCGACAUGAGCACGCUGUCAGUGGCCCUUCGCUUCGACGAUCUGCCGGAGCUGGGCCUCUACAACGUCAGCGCAAUCGUCGACUUCAAGGACGCCGGGCUGCCGCCGGACGCGGCGGUCGGGUUCUCGGGAGCCACCGGGGAUUUCAUCGAACGCCACCAGAUUCUUUCUUGGUCGUUCGAGUCCACUCUCACCAGCGUCGCCGUCGUCAACAAGACCGUAGUUGGAUCUUACGUGGUCCACGAACAUAAUGUACUGCUUUUCUGA